UUGCCAGGGCUUCUGCUGCCAGUGUCCUGGUCCCCGCGGUGAGCCACAGCCAUCCCCCGCCUCUGCAGGAGACCCUCCAACACUAGCAGUGAACACCUACCUCUUCAUGAUGCAGGCUCAAGGCAUUCUCAUCCGGGACAACAUGAGAACGAUCGGCGCUCAGGUUUACCAGCAGGUAGUUUGGAGCGCUUACGCGAAGAGGAACAGCAGCGUGAAUGACUCAGAUUAUCCUCUUGACUUGAACCACAGCGAAACCUUCCUACAAACCACAACUUUUCUUCCUGAAGACUUCACCUACUUUGCAAACCAUACCUGCCCCGAAAGGCUCCCUUCCAUGAAAGGCCCCAUAGCCAUAAACAUGAGUGAAAUUGGAAUGGAUGCCAUCCAUGAACUCUUCUCUAGAGACCCAACCAUCAAGCUCGGAGGUCACUGGAAGCCAUCGGAUUGCAUUCCUCGAUGGAAGGUGGCAAUCCUUAUCCCCUUCCGGAACUGCCAUGAGCACCUCCCGGUCCUGCUCCGACACCUGAUUCCCAUCCUCCAGCGCCAGCACUUACAGUUUGCAUUUUAUGUGGUGGAGCAAGUUGGCACCCAACCCUUUAAUCGAGCCACUUUUAAUGUGGGUUUUCAAGAAGCAAUGAAGGACUUGGACUGGGACUGUCUUAUUUUUCGUGAUGUGGAUCAUAUACCAGAAAGCGAUUGUAACUAUUAUGGAUGUGGACAGAUGCCAAGGCACUUUGCAACUAAACUGGAUAAGUAUAUGUAUCUGCUUCCUUAUACUGAGUUCUUUGGCGGAGUGAGCGGCUUAACAGUGGAACAGUUUCGGAAAAUCAAUGGCUUUCCUAAUGCUUUCUGGGGUUGGGGUGGAGGAGAUGACGACCUGUGGAACAGAGUACAGAAUGCAGGCCAUUCUGUGAGUCGGCCAGAAGGUGACACAGGGAAAUACAAGUCCAUUCCUCAUCACCACCGAGGAGAAGUCCAGUUUCUUGGAAGGUAUGCGUUGCUGAGGAAGUCCAAAGAACGGCAGGGGCUGGACGGCCUCAACAACUUGAACUACUUUGCAAACAUCACAUACGACGCCUUGUAUAAAAACAUUACUGUCAGUUUGACACCCGAGUUGGCUCAGGUGACCGAGUACUGAGACGAGGGGAGAAUAUAUGUUUGCUUC